CAAAACCUACUUUCCAUACACUUCACUUAGUGAAACCAAAAUUUGAAUUUUAAACAAAAUCUUCAAUGGCUUUCUCAACAAAGAAUUGCAUUAUUAUUAUUGUUUUAGCUUUGUUCUUAUUAUUCUCUUCUUCUUCCUCAUCAGCCUUCCCUAUGGGGAAAAAACAAAAACAUAAGCCUUGCAAACAGCUAGUUCUCUACUUUCAUGACAUUAUUUACAACGGAAAGAAUGCUGCGAAUGCGACUUCCGCCAUCGUUGCAGCCCCGGAAGGUGCAAACUUAACCAUUUUAGCACCACAAUUUCACUUCGGAAACAUAGCUGUUUUCGACGAUCCCAUUACCUUGGACAACAAUCUUCACUCGAAACCGGUAGGCCGUGCUCAAGGGAUGUACAUUUACGACACGAAAAACACUUUCACCUCGUGGCUUGCGUUCUCGUUUUCUCUAAACUACACGGCAUACGAAGGUACCAUCAACUUCAUCGGAGCUGACCCGAUCAUGGUAAAAACUAGAGAUAUCUCUGUCGUUGGCGGCACCGGGGACUUUUUCAUGCACCGUGGUGUUGCUACCAUAAUGACUGAUGCUUUUGAAGGAGAAGUCUAUUUCAGGCUACGAGUUGACAUAAAAUUCUAUGAGUGUUGGUAAUUUUUAUCAACACACAUUUUAUCAAACAAGUUUCAUUUUGUUCUUUCUAUCAUAUAUAUCCUCUCGUAUUUGAUUGUGUGAUGUAAUGUUCUUAAAAAAUCCUUUGUUUUUGUUGUCUCUGUUGGGCAUUGAUGAAGUUCAGAUCAUUUGCCAAAUUAUUGAUUUCAAUAAAGGUUAUGAUAGAAAGAUUUCUUAAAGUUAA